UUCAAACCACUGUUUUGUCUGCUUCACACAAAAAAAGAAGAAGAAUGCGGAAGAAUGUGGUGCGCGGAUACACGGUGUACUACGACGUUAACGAUUCCGUUAUCCCCCGAGACCAGGCUGCAGCAAACAAGCGGCUGAAUUAAAAUCCAAGAUGGCGGCCGAGGUGGAAUACGAGUCGGUUCUGUGUGUCAAACCUGACGUCAAUGUUUACCGAAUUCCGCCGCGAGCGUCGAACCGCGCCGUCAGGGCAGCUGAUUGGAAGUUAGAUGCCCCUGACUGGACAGGCCGAAUGAGAGUGACGGCCAGGGGAAAACUUGCCUAUAUUAAACUAGAGGAUAAGAUCUCAGGGGAGCUGUUUGCUCAAGCCCCGGUGGAUCAGUAUCCUGGUAUCACAGUCGAAACUGUAAGUGACUCAAGCCGCUACUUUGUACUUAGGAUUCAAGAUGACAGCGGUCGUAGUGCUUUUAUUGGCAUUGGAUUUGGGGACCGGGGAGAUGCGUUUGAUUUCAACGUGGCUUUGCAGGAUCAUUUCAAGUGGGUAAAGCAGGAUAAUGAGUUCAGUAAGCAGGCUCUAACUCCAGACUUGGGCCCUAAAUUAGACUUGGGGUUUAAAGAAGGUCAGACCAUCACUCUUAACAUUGGGCAAAGUAAGAAGAGAGAAAAGUCUCGUCCACAAAGUUCAGGUGGCCUUGGACUGCUUCCACCUCCUCCAAGUGGCAAAAUUGCUCCGCCUCCUUCAGCCACCUCCACCAAUAACAACAUAGAACCGCCAACGAGCGGUAGCAACUUGGGUUGUUUGCUGGACCUUGAAAGCAAUGAUCCUAACACUUUGGUCCAGCCAGCUCCUCCUAGCACAAAUGCUGACCUGUGGGGAGAUUUUACAUCUGACAGCUUAUCAUCUCAGCCCUCCAAGCCGGAGUCUGCCUCCACAAAUUGGGUCCAGUUCUGAGUUUGUGAUCCCACUGCUCACUUCAUGUCCCUGUUCCUACUUGUCACACACUGAAACUAUCACUUAAGUUUACCAGUACCCCUUUCUCUCUUUCUCUCUCUCUCUCUCUCUCUCUCUCUCUCUCUCUCUCUCUCUCUCUCUCACUCACACACUCCACACAUUCUUGUCCUUUUUUUUAUUUGCAGUGUUUAAUUAUGACGUCCCCAUAAAUGCUUUGUCAAACAAUUAUUUAUUUUAUUUAUUUAUGUAUUCUACAUUUAUAGUCAUGAGAGCCUCAAGAAGGACAUAUAUUAAUUAUGUGUAUAUUUGGAAAUGUGUCUAACAGGAACAAGUUGUUACGUGGAACAACCUCAUUUUCUAAUGUGAGCUCAAAGGUAUUCAGUGCAAAUGAAAUGAUUGUGUCACCCUCUGGUGGUGCAAAUGCAAAAAAAUAAUAAUAAUUUAGUAAUGUGAACUGACUGUGGUACAGCACUGCUUUUUGUUGUUCAGCAUCAGUGCUCCUUCCUGAGGAUAUGCAAUCAGUCUCAUUGGAAAUAAGUCAGGCAUUCAUUCAUUUCUGUAAAGCACUGAUCAAGAUUGAUGGUGUUAUUGCUGCACCUUCACCUUUGCUUUCCGUGAACUGCACUAAUAUGUGGAACAGCUCUAAUAAAGCCUAAUCUGUCCUAGCAGCAAUAUUCAAACGAAUGCCAUCAUACAGAAAUAAGAGGUCAGUGUCCCGAUGCCUUGCGAUAGCACAUACUUUUGUGGCUAGACCAAAUUUUACAUGCUUAAAAGACUCUACAUAUAAAUGUGCGUCUCUCACGGCAGAUUGCAGUGUUCCAGUGUGCAGUAUGGAUAUUUGAGCUAAUUUAUGUGACUGUAACUGUGACUAUUUUUAUUUCUGACUGAGGUGUAUUCGCAAAACUUUAUCAAUGCCAGCUGGUAUUGCUAUUAGCAGGAAGCAGAAUUUUUGUCUCUCUUUUUUUUUUUUUUCCCCCAUCGUGUGUGUUCAUUCUAGUCAUAUAAAACAAAUAUAUAUAAUCUCAAAAACGCUAUGUUGUAUAUGUAUAAAUAUAAAAGUCAAUGUAAUAAACAAUGCAAGUUAAUUCAUGAGAAAGCAGCCAUUUGGACUUGGAUUAUUGUUUUAAUGCCGUUAUAGAACCAAGUUAUUGUCAUGAAAGGAAAUAUUUCCUGUACGAGCAUCAUACGUUUUACUUACAGUGAAACAUAUAUUAUAUAUGGAGUUAUAUAAGGUGAACUCAUGAAAAUACAGCGGUGAGAUAUUGUUAACGUGAAUAAUGUGGAUAUAUUCAGCAAAAUAUCAGUCCAUAUACACAGUAAAGUCCAAAAGUCUGAGAGUACUAGUGACAUUGCUCCUAUUUUGCAUU